AUGAAUCUAUUAAGCAGAAAAAAUGAAUCUCCAAAUGAGAAGGACUGGAAAACAGUUCUAAGAGUGAUUGAAUACCUCAACUCUACGAAGGACAUUUGCCUGAAAAUUGACUCUGAUAGCACACCAACACUUUCCUGUUAUAUGGAUGCUGACUAUGCAUCUGAUUUAACCACUCGACAAUCAACAGGUGGAAAUUUAUUUUUCUUAGGAAAUAGUCCAAUAGUUUGGUCCACAAAGAGACAAAAUUGUGUUUCCCUAUCAUCUACCAAAUCCGAGCUUAUUUCUGCAGCCACUGCUGCCACUAAGUCCACAAUAGCUCUAAUAAAACAGGGAAAAUGA